AUUGCUUUUCACAAGUAGAGGCACUUUACUAUUGAGUAGUCAGUUAUACCAAACCGCUGCACGUUUCGCAGCCUGAGUUUGUGCAAAUAUAUAGAGCAGGAAAGUAAUAUUCGUCGUAUAUAUUGACUACAAUGAGAAACUGAUUGCAACACGAGAAUUAUCUCAUCGACAUUUCAUCAAGCCUACGACAAUCACGAAUUCAGUGACGUGCAGAUAUUUGAAAAGAAGAUUAGCAUGGCGUUUCUGAAAAUAUUAAUAAAUGUUGGCCUAAUAUUCGCCGCCUCACAAUCAGUGGCUAUUCCUCUUGAAGGAGAUUCAGAGAAUGGCUUGAACACAGUUAAUUACCGUUUACCAGAUAACGUAGUUCCAAUACACUACGAUAUCAAGUUGAUACCGCAUAUCGAAGAAGAUGACUUUACCUUUGAUGGGAAAACCCAUGUUAUCAUCGAGAUCUGUCGAGCAACGCAAAACAUAAGCUUGCACACGAACGAUUUGACGAUAAAUGAAACCGCGACAUCGUUGCUCAGCAGCGAUGUCGUUACUCAUACACCGACGGCGCAUAAUUAUGACGGUGAAACAGAAAUUUUAACCCUUCAAUUCGACGAUGAGCUAUCCCCGGGAAUUUACGAUCUAAAUAUACAAUUUGUCGGUAUUUUAAACAAUAACUUGAACGGCUUCUUUAGAUCAUCGUACAUCAAUGAAGAAAAAGAAAAAGUGUGGUUGGCCGCAACGCAUUUCGAGGCAUGCGAUGCGCGACGAGCGUUUCCAUGUUGGGACGAGCCGGCAUUAAAAGCCACUUUCAAUAUUUCCAUAAAACAUAGUCGGAACUACACAGCCGUGUCAAAUAUGCCGAUAUGGUUUCAAUCAAACGAGGAAGACGACAUGAUAUGGACACACUUUCUCAAGACUCCCGUUAUGUCAACCUAUCUUGUAGCGUUUGUAGUCUCCGAUUAUGUUCGUGUUCCUAACGAAGAUGAAACGCUCAAUAUGUGGUGCAGAUCGGCAGUGGCUCCCUACUCAAAAUUUGCGCAGGAUAUUGCUCAAAAGGCCAGAGAAAUAUUGACAGAGUACACCAACAGCACUGAUAAAGUUCCAAAAAUGGAUCAUCUAGCGGUUCCAAAACUGAAUGCUGGUGCCAUGGAAAAUUGGGGACUCAUAAUUUACAACGAAAAGUCUUUCACGUUCAAUGAAGAAGAAGAUAAUAUUUAUCAUAAACGACAAGUAGCAAUAACAGCAGCUCAUGAAAUGGCUCAUCAAUGGUUUGGUAAUGUAGUUAGCCCGUCAUGGUGGUCUCACGUGUGGCUAAACGAAGGACUUGCGUCAUUUUUCCAAGAGUAUAUUCUUAAUGAGAUUGUAAAGGAAUGGCGAGUAAUGGACUAUUUUGUUAUCAGUGUUCAUCAAUUAGCUCUUCAUUAUGAUAUUGCAAAAAAUAUGGAACCUAUUACAUUCGAAGCUAACACCCGCCACGAAAUUGAGUCACUUUUUUCUCUUGCCAGUUAUGGUAAAGCACCUGCUAUACUGCGCAUGUUACAGCAUAUUAUUACCCCUGAAGUAUUUCAGGAAGGUAUCAUUAAAUAUUUACAUAAACACCAGUUUAGUUCAGCUUCUUCUGAUGACUUGUGGAGCGCCUUGCAAACAGCUCUCGACAAAUCAGAUGUUCCACAUAAUAACUAUAGAUUGAAAGAUGUAAUGGAUACCUGGUUAAAACAAAGACAUUACCCUUUGGUGCGAGUAACCCGAAACUACAAUACCAGUGAAAUUAUAAUAACGCAAGAACAUUUCAAUCCAAAAAAUCGCAGCAACGAUAGCGACAAGUGGUGGGUACCUUUAACUGUCGCUACACAAACAAAUCCCGAUUUCUCUAAUACUCUGCCCACUCAUUGGCUAAGUCCACAAGAUGAAAAUAUAAGCAUUGAUGGAAUCGAUCCAAAUGAUUGGAUCAUAGUUAACAUACAACAAAUGGGAUUCUAUCGCGUUAAUUACGAUGAUUCAAACUGGCGAAAACUUGCGACUUAUCUCAAUUCUGACAACUAUACAAAAAUACAUGUGCUUAAUCGAGUUCAAAUCAUUGAAGAUGCCUAUCAUCUUAUGCUAACAGAGCAACUCGAUAUUGAGAUAUUUGUAGAGCUUACAAAUUAUCUGCAUCGUGAGACAGAUUAUUUAGCAUUACGUCCGAUAUUUACUGUUUUAGAGGAGAUGAGUAGAUUUUACAAAAUUCCAGAAAUUAAUUUUCUUAAGCAACACACACUACACAUUUUGGAGAAAUAUAUUGAAAUUGUGGGAUAUGAAGAAGAUCCUGCCGACGACGAUCUUAAAAAGCUUAUGAGAUACAAUACUUUAAAAUGGGCGUGUACUCUCGGCCACUCUGAGUGCAAGAGAAGAGCCACUGUUAAAUUAAAUGAAAUUCUUACAAAUCCUGAAACACCCAGAAUGUCUUGGGAAUUCAAAGACUGGAUAUAUAAUUACGGUAUAAUGGAAGCCAAUGCGUCCACUUGGAAUAAAUUAAUGGAUACGUAUCUCACCAAUCAAGAUCGAGAUAUAUUAGACUACUUGAUUUCGUCUGAAGAUCCUGAUAUUCUGAUCAAUUUUAUAAAUACAAGUAUUUCAAAUGAUUCAAUAGAAACUGCUGAAUACGAUUACAUUAUUUUAAAUAUUGUUAACAAACAUUUAGAUAAAAAUGCAGUAUUUGACUAUAUAUUUGCAAAUUAUGAAAAAAUAAUGAAUAGAAAAGAAGUAACUUACAACAGAGUAAACAUAUUAUACAAUAUUAUUACUAACGUAUUUUCCCAUGAACAACUUGAUAAGAUAAGCGACUUCAUGAAAAGUAAUUCCGGAGAGAAAACAUCCGAAGAAUAUGAAGGUUAUCAAAGAAGAUUAAAAAUACGAAAAAUUAAUCUGGCGAAAAUAAUUAGUAAAACUAACAAGUUGUUGCCACUCAUAACAAAAGAAGAUAAAAUUGUAAAACAAUCAUAAUAAGUUAAAAGGAUAUAAAAUAUUUUUAUAACAUGCAUAUGUGCAUGUUCAUACAUAUACUGUACUUUUAAUAAUACUUUUAUAAAGUACUGAAAAUCGUCAGAAAGUUUCUUCCUUUUUUAAUUUACAAGUUGUACAAUCAAACCUCGAUAACUCGAAAACAUCUAUAAGACAAAAAUUUUUAUUUAUUUUUUUUCUCUUCGUUGCAGAAAAUCUCUAUAAAGCAAAAUAAAUUCUAUUUUAACUUGAAUUAUUUGUCAGAUAUUUAGAAGUGUUAUUUUACCUUUGUAACUCUCGAAUUUAAAGUAGUAAACUUCUAUAACUCGAAGAAAAACUUUGAUAAGUCAAAACCUUUGUAACUUGAAGAUUUAACUCUUUCCUUGAAAUACCUGUUAUCGAGGUUUGACUGUAUUAUUUUAUAUUAUACAAUAUUUUAUAUGCGCACAUAUACACACUCACACAUAUGUACUUAUAUAUAAAAGUAGUAUACAUAAAUAAAUUUUAUAAUGUUA